ACUGGGCAGGCAGCUCCAGAAGUUGGAAGGUGGGGGCCCGGGAGGGGGCUGCACCCCAGGAGGCAGCCCCGGGACGGUGUCAGGUGGAAGCAGCAGUCAGGGCACCCUUCCUCUCAGGGUUGGCAGCCAGGGCGCCAGCCACCACUUCAGUGCCUUUGAACUCUCACCAGGUGGGCACGGCCCCCAGAGCCCCCAGCAGGCGCCAUGGACUGGAAGAUGUUCCAGGCCCUGCUGAGCGGCGUGAACAAGUACUCCACGGCGUUCGGGCGCAUCUGGCUGUCAGUGGUGUUCGUCUUCCGGGUGCUGGUGUACGUGGUGGCCGCAGAGCGCGUGUGGGGGGACGAGCAGAAGGACUUCGACUGCAACACCAGGCAGCCCGGCUGCACCAACGUCUGCUACGACGAGUUCUUCCCCAUCUCCAACAUCCGCCUCUGGGCCCUGCAGCUCAUCUUUGUCACCUGCCCCUCGCUGCUGGUCAUCCUGCACGUGGCCUACCGCGAGGAUCGGGAGCGGCGGCACCGCCUGAAGCACGGUGACCAGUGCACCAAGCUCUAUGACAAUGCAGGCAAGAAGCACGGUGGCCUGUGGUGGACCUACCUGUUCAGCCUCAUCUUCAAGCUCAUCAUCGAGCUCCUCUUCCUCUACGUGCUGCACACUCUCUGGUAUGGCUUCAGCAUGCCACGCCUGGUGCAGUGUGCCAACGUGGCACCCUGCCCCAACAUCGUGGACUGCUACAUUGCCCGGCCCACCGAGAAGAAGGUCUUCACCUACUUCAUGGUGGGCGCCUCAGCUGUCUGCAUCGUGCUCACCAUCUGCGAGAUCUGCUACCUCAUCUUCCACAGGGCCCUGCGAUGCCUGAACAAGGACAGGCCCCGAGGGAGCCACAGCCCCUCACUCUCCAAAAGCCGGGCCUCCACCUGCCGCUGCCACCACAAGCUGGUUGAGGCUGGGGAGCUGGGUCUGGACCCAGGUGAUGACAAGCUGCAGACUUCAGCACCCAAGCUGACCCCCACCUGACCCUGGGGCUGGGGGUGACACUGGGGCUGCCAGCGGGACAGGCAGGGAGGUGCUGCAGGG